GGUGGGACCCGUCGACGAAGCUGUCCUCGUCGCAGUAUGGCUCAAACCGCCGUCCUCCUAACAGCGAUAUGCAUCGCCUUGUCCCUGGCCGCUGAAGACCGUAAAGCGCGCUCGGCGGACCUAGACCGGGGCCCCGAUAUGGCCCCUAAAUCGGUGGACUUUGCAGCAGAAAGUGAUGCAUCCAAUCUGACACAAGCUCUGGAACGAAGACUGGAGAUGAGCACCGAGUUCUUCCUGGUGCCCAGCAGCGCAUCCCCUAGCACCACGACGGUGAGUCACGUGUCCAAAACGGCCUGCGUGGGAUGCCCAAAAGACACUGGAGUGCUACGCAACGAAGUGUGGGUCAUCCCUGUGCUAGCCCUGUCGGCCAUUACAAUGCUCCUGAUCGCCGGGUUCGAAGUGUUCGUGCUGUGCAAAGCCUGGAGGACAACCCCCAGUCGCAGACACUUGUUCCUGGGGCAGAUGCUCCUUUUGGGGUUGUUCUCUUGCGCUGGACUGGCCGCCGUCCUAACCGCCUCCCCCACUGAACUCUCCUGCGCCGUGGUGCGAUUCGGCAUGGGGGUGGCCUACACCAUAGUGUUCGCCUCGCUCCUAGUGAAGUGCGUUUUUCUGAUCAGCCUCAACGGAGGAGUGUACCUCCCUGCGCCCUACCAAGGACUCUUACUGAUGUUCGCGAUUCUCAUCCAGGUAGCUAUAGGCAUUCAGUGGCUGGUUUCCAGCCCGCCUUCGGUGGACAGCAUCGCCGUUGAGGCCGUUUUGGCCCAGAACAAGCAUCGUCUACUUGUCACCGCUGAAGACGUAAGUACGUUUAUCCCCCUGUGCAGCACCCCCUACGUGGACAUGCUGCUGUCGCUGAUCUACGUGGUGUUUUUAAUACUUUUCGUGACGGUCUUGGCUGUUAAGUCCAGAGGGAUUCGUGACAAUUACAGAGAAGCGACUUAUAUAGGGCUCUCCGUUGGGUGCAGCAUCCCCACGUGGCUGGUGUGGACCACGAGCGGUCUGGUGGUGAACGAGAGACACAGAGAUGCUUGUAUCGCGUUCGGACUUGUUAUUUCUUCGGUGAUGGUGUUUUUGAUUAUGUUCAUGCCAAAAGGAAGACAACUGGCGGCAAUGGGCAAAGAAGGAGUAUACGUGGAAGACCGCGAGGAACGCUUCAGUUCGCUGAGCAGAGCGGCGUCUGGAUAUUCGCCGUCGUUCUUUCAUUUCAAGCCGGUUAAGUAUGGGCUGAACCAGUACGGAUCUUCUCAUAAGCAUCAGCAGACUGUCACUACCGUAGGAGGAGGUACGUUGAGAUUUUAG